AUGAAGCAAACGCUUAUUCCUGUUCUGCUGGCUUUUUUGAUCCUUGGACACCGAAUAUCUAUAGGAUAUUCGUAUCUUCUGGAAUGGGAUUGCGGCCUUUCGAAAUACACCUACCGGAUAACUGGCGGCAGAGAUAGUCCGUUGAUGCUCCAUCCAUGGGUGGCCUAUUUGCAUGUUAACUCAAAGUUCAUUUGUGGUGGCUCGCUUCUCAAUCAUUGGUUUGUGUUGACUGCUGCCCAUUGUUUUAGAGAUACGAAUGCUAAGGUCUUAGUUCGAUUGGGAGAGAACGAUGCCAGUCAGAAAUUUGAUUGCAAUGAGGUUGAAUGUGCGGACCAACAUUUAGAGUUUAUGAUUACGCAAAAGUUGAUCCAUCCAUUAUACAGAACAGCUCACUAUUACGAUAUAGCGCUGGCAAAACUCAACCGAUAUGUUACAUACACAGAUAGCAUACGUCCGAUUUGCUUGAUGCUGAAUCCAAACUGGCAGGGAUAUCUGGACACCAUUAGAUACUUUAUUAUAACCGGCUGGGGUGCCACCAAUGCAUCCGAAGUGAGCGACAAGCUGCAACUGACAAGAAUCCCCCAAAUCGAUCGAUUCACCUGUCGCUACCGGUUUGGAUAUAUGGUUGAUCGUACCCACAUUUGUGCUGGCGAAAGUAAAUAUUAUGUGGGCAAAGGCGAUUCUGGAGGUCCGCUGGGAAUCAUGCUGGAUUAUAAUUACGCCAAGCGUUUCUUUCAAUUCGGAAUCGUUAGCCAUCUUCGGCAACCCUUUCAAGGUGUUUCCGUAUUCACGAAUAUUUUGAGCUACUCGAAUUGGAUCCUUCGAACCAUAAUCUUGAAUAGCGGGUAUUGAGAACAGAAACAAUCGAAACUAACUUGCUAAAUAAAGAGAAAUA